GUGGAAAGAACACUUGAACACUGCACAGCGCGUUUUUAGCGAUUUAGGUUAAAAAUAUAAAGUUUAAAUCAUUCUUGGCCUUUGAGGAAACAAGAAAAGCGUCGGAUCAAGAUGUUUCUGCAGUAUUAUCAGGAUGAAAAUGGCGACAGAGUCUACACGCUAAAGAAAGUGGCUCCAGACGGUCAGCCAACCAGUUCGGCGCAUCCAGCUAGAUUUUCUCCAGAUGACAAGUUUUCCAGACACAGGGUCACGCUAAAGAAAAGAUUUGGACUUCUCCUUACUCAGCAACCCAAACCUGUUCUGUGAGGAAAAGUAGAGGAAGA